AUGAAUCUUUGCGGUACAAGGAUCAAAACAAGAUGGCGUCCAUACUGGACCAGUACGAACAGGCUGCUACUGGUGGGGCAGACAGCCUUAACCCUUUCCUAGCAUCCGAUGAUAUCGAACCAGUUUCGAGUGGAUUUAUAGAGAUGCAGAGUGAUGACAUUCCUAUUUUUAGGCGUCAAAAGAUAAAUUUUAGACCACCAAGUAAUAUUGCUGAUUUAGUUGUGUGCAAUAACACAGUUGUGGUUGCACUCAGUACCAACUUCAUCAUGCGAAUAGACCUGGCAAACACAAAUGAAAUUGACACUGUUGAAUUGAGUAGAAGGAUGGAUGAUACUAUUUAUAAGAUCUUCUUGGACCCAAGUGCAAGACAUCUGAUAAUUUGUAUGAAUUCCCAAGAGUCUUAUUAUCUUGCAAGGAACUCAAAGAAACCAAAACUCCUGACAAAACUGAGGGGUCAUCUAAUUAGUGCUGUUGCUUGGAACAAGUCAAAGCUAACUGAAACAUCAACCCAAACUAUAUUAUUAGGGACAACCAAAGGUUUGUUAUUUGAAACAGAAAUUGAACCAGAAGAAAAGUUCUUCCAAGGAGGGAUCGAAAGGUUUUUGAAACAAUUAUAUGACGUCAAUGCCAGUGGUGAAAAAGAAGAGCCUACAUGUGGUGUAAUGUUUGAGAAACUUUCCAGUCAAGACCGCAAGUAUAUCAUUAUGGUAGCAACAUUAAGCCGCCUUUACCAGUUUAUAGGAGAUGUGUCUAAUGGAGAAACUGUAGACUUUCUUCCAAUGUUUACAGAGUAUGAAAAUGCUCCUGCACCUUUCCAUGAGAUGCCAGGAAAUCUUGAACAUGGUGAAUUAAGGUUUUUCUAUUCCAAAUUCAGGGGAGCACCAAGUUCCUUUGCAUGGCUGACAGGAAGUGGAGUUUAUUAUGGAAAAUUGACGUUCACACCAAAUGAAAAAAUUGACAAUAUUAUUACAGAGUCGAAGCUGCUCUUAUAUAUGCCUUCUGGUGAAAGUAAAGUCCCAGUGCCUCCCUUGGCUAUUGGGCUCACUGAAUUCCAUGCUCUUUUAUUAAACAAAGAUAGAUUUGAAGCUGUGUCUCUGUUGAGUGAAGAGACAGUCUUUGAAGAUGUCAUGCCACCUAGGUAUGGAGUUAUGAGAGGAAUGUCUAUUGACAUGGCCAAAAAGACAGUGUGGAUUUAUUCAGACACAGCCAUCUUCCAGUACCAUGUUACAAGAGAAAGCAGAGAUGUCUGGAAAAUGUAUCUGAAGAAGGAGGAUUUUGAGAGAGCAAAACUCUACUGCAGGGAUAAUCCUGCAAAUCUUGACAAGGUGUUGACCAAGCAAGCAGAGGAUUUGUUCCAAAAGAAAAACUACACUGCAGCAGCCAAUUGUUAUGCCCAGACACAGGUGUCUUUUGAAGAAAUUGCACUAAAGUUCAUUAAAGUAGAAGAAAAGAAGGCAUUAAGAAUGUUUCUCAUGAAGAAACUUGAAAGUCUUGAACAAAAGGACAAGACCCAGAUGACGAUGAUAGUAAUGUGGUUAAUAGAGCUAUAUCUCAACCGCCUUAACCAGCUGAAGGACUCAUCUAGCAGUAACCCCUCUGAACAUGACAAACUCCAGGAAGAGUUCCGGAAAUUCCUGGCCACUACUGUGGUUAAGUCAUGCUUGGAUCAAAACAUGAAAACAGCAUAUGAACUGAUUGCAAGCCAUGGAGAUGUCGAAAACCUGGUUUUCUUUGCCAUGCUGAUGCAAGAUUAUGACCAUGUAAUCAGCCAUCACAUCCAGCAUGAUGAUUACCCUGCGGCACUCAACGUUCUUACCAGGCAGACUGACACAGAACUGUACUACAAGUUCUCUCCUGUUCUCAUGCAGCACAUUCCAAAACAAACAGUGAGCGCCUGGAUUGAGAAGAAAGGAGCACUGAAUCCCAAAAGGCUGAUUCCUUCUCUGGUACAUUAUCAUCAACAAGGGACGUCUGUACAGUUGGAAGAAGCUGUUCGUUACCUAGAAUUCUGUAUUGAAAGACUUGGCAAUCAAGAUCAGGCCAUCCAUAACUAUCUCCUGUCACUUUAUGUGGAGCUCAAGGAUGAUGAUUCGUUGCUGCGCUACCUUCAAAUGCAAGGAACUCAUCCAGACAAGGUGUUGUAUGAUCUUGAGUAUGCCCUGAGGCUUUGCUCUGAACACAGCAAACACAAAGCUUGUGUGCAUAUCUAUAGUACCAUGGGGUUAUAUGAAGAAGCUGUAGACUUGGCACUCAAGGUUGACGUUGAACUAGCUAAACUCCAUGCCGAGAAGCCUGCAGAAGAGGAUGAAGUCCUGAGAAAGAAACUGUGGCUGAGAAUUGCAAGACAUGUUGUUGAAGAAGAUAGAGAUGUAAAAAAGGCAAUGGAGUUUGUAAAUCAGUGUACAUUACUGAAGAUAGAAGAUAUCCUUCCAUUUUUUCAAGACUUUGUGACAAUAGACCAUUUUAAGGAUGCCAUUUGUUCUUCACUACAAGAGUAUAAUCAACACAUUCAAAACUUGAAAAAUGAUAUGCAGGAAGCAACCGAGAGUGCCAAACUUAUCAGAACAGACAUCCAAGAUGUUAGAAACAGAUGUGGUAUUGUUCCAGCCAAUGAGAAGUGCUCUAUUUGUUUGUAUCCCCUCUUGACCCGGAGCUUCUACUUAUUUCAAUGUCAGCAUGCCUUCCAUACAGACUGUUUGGUAAAUGAGUUAUCACUUCUUCUCAAGGAAAAACAACGAGCCAAAGCUUUAUCAUUGUACAGUCUCAUCUACUCAUCUGACCCUGCAUAUGGGGAAACACCACCAGGCAAUUCAGAUCAGUCACGAGAAGCUUUAAAGGCUGAGCUUGAUGAUCUCAUUGCAACAGAAUGUGUCUUCUGUGGUGACCUGAUGAUCAAGACUAUUGACCAACCGUUCAUAACGAAUGAAGAAUACGAACAGGUGCAAGCAAGUUGGGCAUGAGAAAGGACUAAACUACAACAAAAUUUCAGAAUCAAAUACAAACAGUAGAAAUGUCAGGUGUUGGAGAUCUUAUUAUGUCUUGUCAAGCUAUUUUUUCUUUUCAAAAAAAUUUCGCGGUUUAAAACCUGCCUGGAGCUAAGAUUUUUUCUGUGGAAAAUUAGCUUGACAAAGCAUGAUCAAUAUCUCUAGCAUAGAUACCAUACAAAAAAUCCAGUUUUGAUACCCGUCGGAAGCUCAGAUAUUUUUCUGAGGAAAACAAGCUUGAUAUCAUAGAUGGAUUUCCUUUCUCAUAAUGAUCGAGCCAAUGAAGGUUUGCAGUACGGAAAGUUUUUCACAAGGAACAAAUAUUGUUACUAUUUCUACAUAGGACCAUAUAGGGGAAUUACGAUUUAGGUAAUAAUUAUGAGAUAAGAGUAAAUGGUUUGAACCCAGGUGUUGAAAUUUGUUGUGAAGUGUGAUCAUCCAGGUGAGUGUAGUCUUGAGAAAGACUGUUGUUGGUGGUGACUGAUGUUUUGACAACCUGAGCGGAAAUCCUCUUCAGAGUCCAGUGAGAAAACCAGAGAUAUAAGAUAAUGGUUAUACAAUAAUGUACGUUCUCAUGAAAACAGUUAGAAAACAAACAUGAAAAAAAGAUUUAAAAUGAGGGUUUCACAUUUUAACUAGGCAAUAAAUAUUCAUGCAGUCACAAUGUAAUUGUGAAAAUAAAUAAAUAAACUUUCUUUUACA